UUCUCUCGGUCUCUCUCGCUCUCUCUCUCUCUCCCUCUCUCCCUCUCUUCAAUCUCCUCUACCUCACUCUUCUUCUUCACUCCUCCAUCCGGCCAGUGAGCCUGUCGGAGCUCUCGACUCGUAUCGCUUGACGAGCCGCGCAAAAGGAUUUCUUCCAUUUUUUUGAGGGGGGGAGGGCAAGUCUGGGAGAGGUGCAGCGGCAAAUUGUUCAUUUCCCCCCCCACCCCCAUUAUCUCGUGCACGCUGGAGUUGCUUUUCGUUGAGGAGGGGGGCUUGAAAAAUGACGCAGCGGAGAAGAAGAAUGCAAGUGUCACGAGUCUCCCACUCGGGCUAACGUGAACGGACGCCGCGCCAGACGCCUCGCCACUAUGGAAGGCCCUGCCAAGUGACCUUUAAUGCCAGUAACCUUUUGUUGACCAUUUGAGGCACAUCCACCUGCUUGACGAGUGUUUCUGCUGUCAAACAAAGCAACCAAAAAAAAAAAAAUCAUAAAUCCAACAGUAUCCAGGAUGCAGAGGAGAUCGGAGGAGAUGCCGACAGAUCUGUGGACGUCCUUGCUCCUGCUGUGGAUUACUUUGCUUCCCUGCGUGUCAAUGAUGCCCGUCGGAGGCGCCGAGACUGCGGCCGGUCCCGGCGAAGGACAGCGACUGCUGAGCCGAGCCAAGAGAGGAUGGGUUUGGAACCAAAUGUUUGUGCUGGAAGAAUUUUCUGGACCUGACCCAAUCCUGGUUGGCAGGCUCCACACGGACUUGGACGUCAGCGGCAAGCGCAUCAAGUACGUGCUGGCCGGCGAGGGGGCCGGCACCAUCUUCGCCAUCAACGAGCUGACGGGCGACAUCCACGCCAUGAAGAGGCUGGACCGCGAGGAAAAGGCCGAGUACACGCUCACGGCCCAGGUCAUUAACGCGGACACCGAUGAGCCGCUGGAGCCGCCGUCCGAGUUCAUCAUCAAAGUGCAAGACAUCAACGACAAUCCGCCGCAGUUCAUCGAGGGUCCUUAUCGGGCGGCCGUGGCCGAGAUGUCGGCGGUCGGUACCCCGGUGACCCGAGUGACUGCCACCGAUGCCGACGACCCGGUAUACGGCAACAGCGCCAAGCUGGUCUACAGCAUCCUGGAGGGGCAACCCUACUUUUCUGUGGAUCCCAAUUCAGCCACCAUCAAAAUUGCUCUCCACGGAAUGGAUCGAGAGAUGCGAGAGGAGUACCUGGUGGUCAUCCAGGCCAAGGACAUGGGCGGUCACAUGGGAGGCUUGUCGGGGACCACCACCGUCACCAUCACGCUCACCGACAUCAACGACAACCCGCCCAAGUUCUCGAAAAAUUUGUAUGAGUUUGCCAUCCCCGAAAACCUGCCUAUUGGGCAGAUGGGAGGCAAGGUAAAGGCCAACGACCGGGACGUCGGUGACAAUGCCAAGUCCACGUACAACAUCAUCGAGGGUGACGAGCAAGGUGUGUUUGAGAUCGUCACAGACCCGCAGACGCAAGAAGGGAUUCUGCGACUCAAAAAGGCGUUAGACUUUGAAAGCAGGAGGACGUACACACUCAAAGUGGAAGCCGCUAAUGUGCAGUCGGACCCCGGUGGGGGGAUCGGGGGGCCCUUCAAGGACACGGCCACUGUCAAGAUCGUCGUGGAGGACGCCGAUGAGCCGCCCGUCUUCUCGAAACCCAUCUACAUGCUCGAGGUCAAUGAGAAUGCACCCGUCAACACCGUCAUCGGCACGGUUGGCGCCAGGGACCCGGACUCCAGUGGCAGCCAAGUCAGGUAAGACGUCGUGCUCUCAGACAGCCUAUGAAAGCUAAGCGGAGCAGUUCAGUUCAAGGUUUGCAGUUCAAUGUGUCCAUUGUUUGGGAAAAUUGGACCUGCAGAGGCAUGCCUCUAAUGCAUAGACCCACAAAAAAAAGUCUCACAAAGUCAUGCCAGGGAAGCCACAGGAGGUCUGCCAUUUUGGUUCGGAGUGGCCGUUUAAGGGGCAUUUUGAUCAUUUUCUUCAACAACACACUUGAAAAUCCAGCCUCUGAAUGCAGUUUGAGUUGACAACAUGGAAUUUGGCAGUCAUGUCUUUUUUAAGGAGCGCCCCCCCCCCUCCCGCCCCCCCAUAAAAAGCCUGACAAUACACAGCAAGUCUGUCAUUUUGAUUUGAAAGGCGCAUUUUGAAAAUGUAGCCUGCAAAGCUAGUCUCACAAAGCUUUACUUUCAGUCAGAGGUAUGACGGAUGAAAAUUGGCUCCCUAGCACCCAACAGGGAAAUCAACUUGCGACGGUUGAUAACUCAAGAAACUCAAAAUGUUGGGGCACUCAUAAGUCAAGAUAUCACCGUAUUUUAGUAAAUUUCCAAAUUUUUAUUUGACUCUCUACUUUUCAAUGGAGCGACCGAAUGACAGCCCCAAUUUCCCCAUCCCUUAUCUUUGCAGUAACUUCCCAGAAGAGACACAUUUUUUUUUCCCAGACACAGCGUUGUACGAAUAAAAUAAAGUUUGACACAGAGACAAUUAAAUGUCUUCAAUCGUGUGACCUUUCAGCAGGUACCACUGAAGAAUCGCUCUCAUUUCCACAAAUAUAGAGAACAGCGGCAAAAAAAAAAAAAAAGAAAGUCGAUUAUGAGUUGAAACUGCCGCAACUUCUCACCCAUGACAACGACAAGGGCACCUUGAUGAUAGCUUUAUACAGGCAAUAUCUCCCCCUCUUCCAUUGGUCAUGGCAUUUCAUUAAUUCCCCUGGCGACUUUCUCCCUCGACGCGACACUCAUCAGGUUGGGUGCACUGUAAUUGCGUGGCGGGCGGGCGGGCUGCCUUUCAUAGAUUGGCUGGAAAGAAAACACCAUUGGACUUUUUCCUGUUCUGCAUGCACGGUGCCAUCCUCAUGUUUCGUGAUGAGACAGCCAGGAGUGGAGGUUGCAGGAUGUUACGCCCCUGGUAAAAAAAAAUAAAAUAAAAUAAACAAAUACAUAAAUAAU